AUGGAAUAUGAAGGUGAAGAAUUUCAAUUAACAGAAUAUCAAAUAAAGAAAACUGUAAAGGCUUUUAAAUAUUUAGAUAAAAAAAAAAAAGGAUUAUUAAAAUUUGAUUUAUUAGGGUCCUUAUUACGAUGUAGUGGUUAUAACUUAUCCUUAAAAGAAGUUCAAAAAAUAAAAGAAAAGAUAAUAGAAAAUAAAACAGUAUAUAGAAAAAAAGAUCAAUUAGAUGAAAAAGAUCAACAGGAUCAAAAUCCAAAAAGACAAGAUAAUGAAAAUGUAAAUCGUGAGCAGGAAGAAAAUUCUUCUCUCAAUAAUAUAGAUAAUAAUGAAAAAGAAAAAUAUGAAAUAAAAGAACAAAAUAAUAAUAAUAAUGAGGAUGAUAAUAAUAAUAUAUCAAAAUUAUUGAGUAAUUUAAAGAAUUAUGAUAAUUUUAUGGAAAUAGAAAAACAAAAAGAACAAUUAAGAAAACAAGAAGAAGAAAAUAAAAAUAUAUUUACUAUUAAGGAAUAUUUUCGAAUCAUACAAAUACCAGAUAUUAUUAAUGAAACAAAACCUGUUAAUGUAUUGAAUGCUUUUGAAAUUUUUGACGAAAAAGGAAAUGGAACUAUAUCCAUAAAAAGAUUAAGAUUUAUUCUGCAGUAUUUAGGUGAGCCUUUAACAAAUGUAGAAUUUGAUGAAUUCUUCGAGUGGAUUAAAACGCUUGAUAAAGUUUAUAAGACAGAUUAUAUAAUUUAUGAAGACUUAAUAAAUGAGUUAAUAAACAAAGAUUCGAAUAUAUAA